ACCCCGUGUCGUCCUCAGAGCGAGACGCGCUGCAGAGUCCGUCGGGCUGGGUGCCGCUGCUGCUGGCGCUGCUCCACGAACUACAAGCUCCAGCCUCACCCUGGAGCCCCUACUUUGCGCUCUGGCCCGAGCUGGGCCGUCUGGAGCACCCCAUGUUCUGGCCCGAGGAGGAGCGGCGGCGCUUGCUGCAGGGCACCGGUGUCCCCGAGGCUGUGGACAAGGACCUGGUCAACAUCCGUGGCGAGUACUACACCAUCGUGCUGCCCUUCAUGGAAGCCCAUCCAGACCUGUUCCGUCCCAGUGUCCGCUCCCUGGAACUCUAUCGCCAGCUCGUGGCCCUUGUGAUGGCCUAUAGCUUUCAGGAGCCCCUGGAGGAAGAGGAAGAGGAAAAGGAGCCAAACUCCCCUUUGAUGGUGCCUGCCGCAGACAUACUAAACCACUUAGCCAAUCACAAUGCCAAUCUAGAGUACUCUGCAGAUUAUCUUCGGAUGGUGGCUACUCGGUCCAUUCCUAAAGGCCAUGAGAUUUUCAACACUUACGGGCAAAUGGCUAAUUGGCAGCUGAUUCAUAUGUAUGGUUUUGUUGAGCCGUAUCCUGACAACACAGAUGACACAGCUGACAUUCAGAUGGUGACUGUUCGUGAAGCAGCCUUACAGGGAGUGAAAGGGGAAGCUGAAAGGCUCCUCCUAUUUGAGCGCUGGGAUUUCUUGUGCAAAAUGGAGAUGGUAGGGGAAGAGGGAGCAUUCGUGAUUGGGCGUGAGGAGGUGCUGACUGAAGAGGAGCUGACCACCACACUUAAGGUACUGUGUAUGCCUGCUGAGGAGUUCAGAGCCUUUAAGAACCAGGAUGGAUGGGGAAAGAAUGAAAGGGAAGAGAACAACUUAACCAUCACCAGUAUCCCAAAACUCAAAGCAUCAUGGAGACAGCUGCUUCGAGACAGUGUUCUUUUGACCCUGCAGACCUAUACCACAGACUUAAAAACUGAGCAGGAUGUCCUCAGUAAUAAGGAAGCCUAUGCCAAACUCAGCUGGAGGGAACAGCAGGCCUUACAGGUUCGCUAUGGGCAGAAGAUGAUCUUACAUCAGUUGUUGGCACUAACAAGUUAGUUCCUCUUGCCUGAAGGAAAAGCCUUAAGAACACUAUUCUAAUGCUCUACUAUUGCCAAAAAAGGAAAGUUUGGACUUUUUUGCUUUUAUUAAAUACCAGAAGGGAAAGUAGCAAUGGUGUUAACUCAUCAUUGCUAGUUUUUUUUGUUUGUUUGUUUGUUUGUUUGUUUUAAGAUGACCUUUGGGGGGGCAGGGCCAGAGAUGGUCUCACUGUAAUUUGGGCUGACCUCCAGCUUAGAUCUUUCUGCCUCAUCCUCCUGGUUGCUGGGGCUCUAGGCGUGUGUCGUCAUUGCCAUCAAGAACAAAAGUUUUUAUAGCUGUGCUGUUCUUCUAUAGCCAGGUAUUAAUAGCGUGGUAUUAAUAGCAUGUGAUGACAUGGGACUCUGGAGGAAGACAUGGUUCAAAUUUGGGUCUACUUUGAGAAAGUCACAUUCCUUUUUGAAACCUCCAUUUCCUAGAAAGGACUAAAAAAAAAGCUACAUAAUCAGUACCAGGUUGGAGUCACUGGUUGCUGUACUUACAAUCUUAUCUUUCAAGAAGAAACCCGAAGACACUGAAGACGUUCAACUCUAACUUGCAUGUAAUUGUUUAAUUCUGAAACUUUGCCCUCCCUAGCCA